AUGGGACCCUGUCACUGAUAGCAUAAUAGCAUAGCCAGCUAACAGAAGUGCCUAUCUGCUGCUGAAGACAAACAACAACAAAGUCCCUCAGCUGGUGGGACAGUCUGAGACACCAUGGCUGAGUUGUUGAGGUGGACAUUGUGACGCCAACAUGAUGAACGACAUCAUAGAGGAACCAGAGAAGGACACUCUGCUGGAGGCGCAGCCGGAGCCACAAGUUGUGUCGGGGCCCAGUAAUGGCGCAAGACCUAAGACCGCUGAUGGAGGGAUCAGGCCUGUGGAGAAAAGAGGACCUUACAUCAUGUCCAGAGCUCCAGCAAUCCACCUCAAACUACAGAAACACAGGGAGAUGGCGAGGAAAGCGUUGAAGAAGAAAGCCCUCUCACUAGGACCUCCAGUGAUGCAUCAGCCCAGACAAGGAGCUAAGAGGUCAGUGAAGUUUAACAAGGGCUACGCUGCCUUGAGUCAGCAUGCUGAGGACACUUUGGUUGCAGUGGACUCAGACAGCGAUGAAGAGAUCGAUUUUGAGCAGUACUCCUCAGGAUACUCUUCAGCUGAGGUCCAUCCUGAUUUAAGCAGGCAGCUGCUUCAGGACGGCUACCGUCUGGAUGAGAUCCCCGAUGACGAGGACCUGGACCUCAUUCCGCCCAAAGCCAUGGGCUCCUCCGUGUGCUGCUGCUCCGAGGGCCCGUCCUGCUCCAUGCAGUGAUGCCGGUGCCGUGACUCGAACCUUACAAAGGCUUGGCACCAGUCCCCGUCCCAGACUUUAGUCACUGGUGCCUGAGGCCCUCUCUCUAACCCAGCUCCACUGCUGCGCUGCCUGAGGACUUCCAGCUCUGAAGCCAAACUCCUGUCCACGCAGGACCACGUGCACCGAGAUCGCUCAGCCCACAUGAAAACGCGGAUGGACAUAAGAACAAGCCUUAUUCACUGUGACCCCAAAGCUUGACCUAGUUUUUUAUUUUGUUCCUUUUUAUAGAACUUCAUAAAAUGCUAACUAUGCCCAUUCACAUUAUGGGAUAUGUCCUCGUUGACCCAAUGGGGAGAUGGUUACUGUCUUUUCCGCUCUGGCGUACAGGUCUGCAGCCCUCUUCUUAAGCACGACAUGCAUAUAAAUGGCGUAUUGUGUUUUAAUGUUCCGGCCCACUGCGAAUCUGAAUUUUCCGGUCAUUAACUAACCGCUAUAUGAAGGCACCUCACGUGAUCAUUGACAUUCCCUGACUAUUGUUGCAUUAACUGAAUGUUUUUUUUGUUUUUCUUUACUGCAUCUGUCCUCAAAACGUACACCACACUUUAAUUCCAAAAUGAGAUGGCUACCACUUUGGAAAAAUAUGACACCUAGUCCAACAAAAAUUACAACUUAAGUUAUAUGUUUUAAUAUGAAGCAAAGCAUUUGAUUGAAAUAGGAUGUAUGGUGAUCGAGUGAAGCCACCUCGUUUCUUUGUAGCACAUGUAAUAGUAGUUAUUUUUUCAGCAAAUAUUGCUAUCUGAAAAACCUGAAAUGAAGUGUAGAAGAGAAGCCUGGUCCAGGAUUAUCUUCUGCUCCUUCCAUAUUAUUUGCUCUGUCUUGUCUGAGAAGACAGAGUUUAUUACAUUGUACAAGUUGUCAUUGAGCAAACUGCUACAUACCACUCAUCCUUGGCCUGUAGAGGAUAUAUUUGGAGAGAAAAGCAUAAUGAAAGGUUUUCCUACAAAAUGAUCCACAGUUUGAAAGAGUAAUAUCUACUCUUA